AUGAGGAAAGACUGGGUGCCCACCCGACAACAAUCUGUUUCCCUGGUGACUGAAUUUGAAAACAGAUCCCGUCACCUUAAAGGAACCAUAACUAAAGACUUCUCCCCAGAGGAGCUGUCUGUCAAGCAGGUGGGCAGGAAGCUGAGAGUCAGUGGGAAGACAGAGAAGAAGCCGGAUGAUGGGGAAGGCGCUUACUCUUCCAGAUGCCAGGAGUUCAGACAGGAAUUUGAUCUGCCUGAUGGGGUGAAUCCUGAGACUGUCACCUGCUCCCUGGAUCAUGAUGGGAAGCUCCACAUCGAGGCUCGAAAGAAUCCAUCAUCUGCUGAGGAGGUGGCUGAGAGAGUGGUGCCCAUCAACUGUAGCCUGGAUGUGAAGAUGCCACAAUUCCUCAGCUCACAGACAGAGGGCAGCAACAUAGACACUCAGAGGAAUCAAUAUCUCAGCAAAAAGUUGAUAGCCUAAAGACUGAACCUAUUUUCACUUCAAAUCUCAUCUUUCAAUUUUUGUCAUGUUUUUUUAUAACAUUAU